GUGCUGUGAUUGGGUGGUGCCUCGGUGUUAGCCUCCAGUACAAGCUGUUGGGUUAGGUUGUGGCCGGGCAGGUGAGGAGGAUCUGGGAAGUAUCAUCAUAGACUGGAGCUGGGAGGACGGAGUUGUUACCGCUCCUCAGGUUGUGAAGACCAACAAUGAAUAAACUACGUCAGAGUUUUCGAAGGAAGAAAGAUAUAUAUGUCCCAGAGGCAAGCCGGCCCCACCAGUGGCAAACAGAUGAAGAAUCUGUCAGGAAUGGGAAAUGCAGUUUUCAGGUUAAGUAUCUUGGUCACGUGGAAGUGGAUGAAUCACGUGGAAUGCACAUCUGUGAAGAAGCAGUGAAGAGAUUAAAAUCUGAAAGGAAGUUCUUCAAAGGCUUCUUUGCAAAAACUGGCAAGAAGGCAAUCAAGGCUGUGCUGUGGGUCUCUGCAGAUGGAUUGCGAGUUGUGGAUGAAAAAACAAAGGACCUUCUAUUAGAUCAAACCAUAGAGAAAGUGUCUUUCUGUGCUCCGGACAGAAACUUUGAUAGAGCGUUCUCAUACAUCUGUCGAGAUGGAACCACAAGAAGGUGGAUCUGCCACUGCUUUAUGGCAGUUAAGGACACGGGUGAGAGGCUUAGCCAUGCUGUAGGUUGUGCAUUUGCUGCUUGUCUGGAGCGGAAGCAAAAGCGUGAAAAAGAAUGUGGAGUGACUGCCACAUUCGAUGCCAGCAGAACUACCUUCACAAGGGAAGGUUCUUUCAGAGUGACAACCGCGACAGAGCAGGCGGAGAGAGAAGAGGUGAUGAAACAAAUACAGGAUUCCAAAAAAGUAGCAGAUCCCGAAGUGAAGAGUGUAAAUACAAUUACAACGGUUGCUUCCACUACUGCAACUUUAGCUCCUACUCCAGUCCUGCCUUCUUCACCAACGUCUGAGGACCAAGUGUUCCAAGAAAACAAGGAUCUUAACAAUCCUCAUGCGAUCCCUCGCCGGCACGCUCCUGUGGAGCAGCUGGUAAGACAAGGCUCAUUCCGGGGAUUCCCUGCUCUCAGCCAAAAAAUGUCUCCCUUCAAGCGUCAGUUCUCCUUACGAAUUAAUGAGUUACCAUCUACUGUGCAAAGGAAAUCAGACUUUCAGAUCGUUAACCCAGUUGCAGAGUUGGAAGGAGAAUCUGACACCAUUAGUGCGUUGUGUUCACAAAUAACCAACACCUUCAGUGCACCACCUGAAGACCCGUUUGCAUCUGUUCCAAUGACCAAACCCACCACACCACAGUCACCGCCCUUCGAAGUAAAUGGCAAUUCCACUCCUUUCACUUUGUCUGCUACUACAGCCACAUCAGUUUCUGUGGUGCCUGCAGCGAUGCCAGUUCGUGAGACCAAUCCAUGGGCAAACACACCACCUGCCCCUGGUCCCUCGCUUUCUAGUAGUGGCACAUCACCUCUGAUUGGUCCUGAGUUUGUCUCAACAUCUACUGGUCUCCAGUCAAACCACAAGCGGACACCUUCAGAAGCAGAUCGUUGGUUGGAAGAGGUGUCAAAGACUGUAAAAGCGCAUCCGCGACAGUCUCCCGUGCCUGCACUCCAGCCUGUACUGCCACUUGUUCUUACUGCUUCAAAUCCAGCCCAGCCGUACUCAUCGAACACUUUAGUAGCCCCACCUGUGCCAGUUGCCGUUGUCCCAGCAUUGCAGUCACCUUUUAUGCCUGUGCACCAACCCUACACUGUGGCAAACGGAAUGAGCUACCCAACCCCCAGUGUUCCGGUUGUCGGCAUAACUCCCUCCCAGAUGGUCGCCAAUGUGUUUGGAGCUGCAGGUCACCCCCAAGUCUACCAACCAAAGCUGUCACCUGCCUCAGUGAAGCAGCAGACUCUCCCCACCUACGAGACCUCUAGUGCAACCAGCAGUCCCUUCUUUAAACCAACCACGCAGCAUCAAAAUGGUUCUGUUGCCUUCAACGGUGUGGAGAACACAGGCUGGGAUUUGGAAGCCAAACAUCAGCAAGCACCAGCAGCUUCUGUGGCUGUAGACCCAUUUGAGGCGCAGUGGGCUGCACUGGAAGGCAAAUCAAAACCUCGUUCAAAUCCUUCUCCAACAAACCCAUUCUCCAGUGACCUUCAAAAGACAUUUGAAAUUGAACUCUAAAGCUGCAGUAAGAAUUGUUCUAGAAUAUUUUUGUAGUAAACAUUAUGGAGAUUACAUUGAGAUAUAUAUAUAUAUAUAUACAGCAAAUUAGAGAUGGACCUGGAUUGUGGCCAUGGGAUGGGAUAGGAGGGUGGUUGUUAAAUAUUUUAAUACAAAUAACCCUUGGCUGAGCUAAGACUCUGCAAUGCUGCCUUUCAGUGCCCGUGCUUCCAUAUUGAAAGAAGAUAGUAUGUGUAAAUAUCUAUAUGUGAAGAUUCAAUAGGAUAUAAAGAGGUCUCAACCCUUGAGCUGCCAGAUGGGUUUAUGGUGUAGUGCAGAGCAUCGCACUGAAAGCCAUUCCAGCAGCAAAACAAAUUAAAGCCAAAAUCUUUAUUUUUAUGCAUUACAAAUAUUUUAAAUAGUUUGGGGUAAUUAAUGGUUGUAUACGUUUGUUAGUAAUCUUGCCAAAGGUUAAACAAAAAGAAUGGCUCAGUUGCUACUAAAUUGUAUAUAAUGUUUGAUUUAGCUGCUAAUUCUUUAUUAAACCAAUGACUGGACUGGUUGUGGUUUUAUCUUUGUUUGCUGUAUGUCUUUCACAUGUAAGUAGCACAAUGCUUAAACAAUCACCAAGGGAAAGAUCUCUGUUGUACAUUUAAAAGCAAAUUAAAACACAGUAUUUACAUGGUGUAAAAGCCAA